AUGGUGUACCUAGCCAAGGUCAGUGACGCUGUCUCUGCCAACAGAAACCCUAAGAGCACCCUGGACUGGUUCAAGAUCUCAGAAAAGGGCCUCAAGAACGGUGUUCGGGCCGUUGAUGAACUGAUCGCCAAUGAGGGAUGGUACAAUUUCACCAUGCCGUCUUGCGUACCCCCUAGCCAGUAUCUUAUGAGAGUCGAGAUCCUAGCAUUGCAUAGCGCAUUUGCUCCUGAUGGAGCUCAGUUCUACGUGGAAUGUGUGCAGUCAGAUGAUAUCACCUCUUUUCUUUCUCAUUCUAGAUGUUCCCCUAACAAUCUCUCAGGACUCGUCAAGUUCCCGGGUGCCUACAGCGCGAUGGACCCAAGCGUCCUCCUCAGCAUCUAUGAUGACAACGGCCAACCCACCAAUGGAGGAAAGCCAUACACAAUACCUGGUCCAAAGGUGCUCUCUUGCAACUGA